UUUUCCUUCAGGAAUCGGCCUUACAAAUGGUGAUGGGUGGAAAACCAUGAGAAGAUUUGCUCUCUCAACUCUUCGAGACUUUGGGAUGGGAAAGAAACUGAGCGAAGAGAAAAUUAUUCAGGAGACGCGAUAUCUGCGAGAAGUGUUUGAGACCUUCCAAGGAAAUCCUUUUGAUACAAACCAGCCAGUAAAUUAUGCCGUUUCUAACAUCAUCUCAGCUAUUGUUUAUGGAAAUCGGUUCGAAUAUGAUGAUCCAAAGUUUAACGAAAUGGUUGACAGGGCAAACCAGUUCAUCCUCAUGCUGGGCUCUGCUUCCAUACAGAUCUAUAACAUGUUUCCAGUGCUUAGACCGUGGCUGAAGACCUGGAGACUGCUAAUGGAAUGUUUGGAGAAAUACCAUGCUGAAAUACAGGUGCUGGUGGAUCGCUUGCGGGAGACCUUUAACCCUCUCGACUGCAGAGGAUUAGUUGAUGCUUUCUUCAUCCAAAAACAAAGCUUAGAGAAAUCUGGAGAAAAUAAUUCCCAAUUUAAUGAUCUGAACCUGCUCAUGAUUGUGUCAAACCUGUUUGCUGCUGGUACUGACACCACCGGCACAACGCUACGCUGGGGUUUACUGCUCAUGGCUAAAUAUCCUCACAUACAAGAUCGGGUUCAUGAGGAAAUUGACAGGGUGCUUGACCGACGUGAACCGGUUACAGAGGACAGGAAGAAUUUACCUUACACAGACGCUGUGAUCCAUGAAAUCCAGAGACUGGCGAAUUUAGUGCCCUUGAACCUGCCACAUCAAACCAGCUGUGAUGUGAACUUCAAUGGAUAUCUAAUCAAGAAGGGGACAUGUGUUCUGCCUCUGCUGACGUCUGUUUUGAGAGAUGAGAGCGAGUGGGAGACACCCGACACUUUCAACCCUGAACACUUCCUCAAUGAGAACGGUCAGCUGAUCAAACAUGACGCCUUCAUGCCCUUCUCUGCAGGUCGCAGGAUUUGUUUAGGAGAGGGUUUGGCCAGGAUGGAGCUCUUUCUGUUCUUCACUUCUCUUCUUCAAUGUUUUCACUUCACUCCUCCUCCUGGAGUCUCUGAAGAUGAAUUGGAUCUCACACCAGUUGUGGGUCUCGUCUUGAAUCCCUCACCACACAAACUGUGUGCAGUCAGUAGGGUAGAAAAACAAAAGGUGUGCCGCCGAGCGUGGCGUUCAUUGAUUGGGCAAUUCGACCAAGAAGAGGAGUAUAAAAAGGGCAUCAGAAACACAGGAAGGGAAGUUGAAUUCCAGCAGAUACUGCGGUUUACUAUGGCUUUAGUGGAAACACUUCUCCUGAAUGUCUCCAGCACAGGAGCUUUACUCGCUGCUCUUCUGCUGCUUUUGGUUAUUUAUUUCUGCUUCAGGUCUCCAGAAGAUGACCAAGAACCUCCAGGACCCAAACCACUGCCACUCGUGGGAAACCUGCACAUUCUGGACCUUAAACAACUUCAUUUGAGCCUGUUGAAUUUAUCAAAGAAAUAUGGGUCAGUGUUCAAAAUUCAUCUUGGACCCAAAAAGAUUGUGGUUUUGGCCGGAUACAAGACGGUUAAACAAGCACUGGUGAACCAGGCUGACGAAUUUGGGGAAAGAGACAUAACACCCAUAUUCCAAGACAUCAGUAAAGGACACGGAAUUGCCUUUACAAAUGGUGAUAGGUGGAAAACCAUGAGAAGAUUUGCUCUUUCAACUCUUCGAGACUUUGGGAUGGGAAAGAAACUGAGCGAAGAGAAAAUUAUUCAGGAGACGCGAUAUCUGCGGGAAGUGUUUGAGACCUUCCAAGGAAAUCCUUUUGAUACAAACCAGCCAGUAAAUUAUGCCGUUUCUAACAUCAUCUCAGCUAUUGUUUGUGGAAAUCGGUUCGAAUAUGAGGACCCAAAGUUUAACGAAAUGGUUGACAGGGCAAACCAGAUCAUCCACAUUAGCGGCUCUGCUGCCAUACAGAUCUACAACCUGUUUCCAGUGCUUAGGCCGUGGCUGAAGACCUGGAGACUGCUUAUGGAAAGUUUGGAUAAAUACUAUGCUGAAAUGCAGGUUCUGGUGGAUCGCUUACGGGAGACCUUUAACCCUCUCGACUGCAGAGGAUUAGUUGAUGCCUUCCUUAUCCAAAAACAAAGCUUAGAGAAAUCUGGAGAAAAUGAUUCGCAAUUUAAUGAUCUGAACCUGCUCAUGACUGUGUCCAACCUGUUUGCUGCCGGUACUGACACCACCGGCACAACGCUACGCUGGGGUUUACUGCUCAUGGCCAAAUAUCCUCAAAUACAAGAUCGGGUUCAUGAGGAAAUUGACAGGGUGCUUGAUGGACGUGAACCGGUUACAGAGGACAGGAAGAAUUUACCUUACACAGACGCUGUGAUUCAUGAAAUCCAGAGACUGGCGAAUUUAGUGCCCUUGAAUCUGCCACAUCAAACCAGCUGUGAUGUGAACUUCAAUGGAUAUCUCAUCAAGAAGGGGACGUGUGUUCUUCCACUGCUGACGUCUGUUUUGAGAGAUGAGAGCGAGUGGAAGACGCCCGACACUUUCAACCCUGAACACUUCCUCAAUGAGAACGGUCAGCUGAUCAAACGUGACGCCUUCAUGCCCUUCUCUGCAGGUCGCAGGAUUUGUUUAGGAGAGGGUUUGGCCAGGAUGGAGCUCUUUCUGUUCUUCACUUCUCUUCUUCAGUGUUUUCACUUCACUCCUCCACCUGGAGUCUCUGAAGAUGAAUUGGAUCUCACACCAGUUGUGGGUUUCGUCUUGAACCCCUCACCACACAAACUCUGUGCAGUCAGUAGGGUAGAAAAACGCAAAAUAACUAGUUAAAUAUAUACCUCAUAAAGAUUGUAAAACAUAAAGACUCUUAAAGUGGCAUCCAGUGAUUUCUUUUUCGAGGGCACACGACUGCAAAGUUCGUCAAAACGUGUUGAUCAUCAUGUCAAAAUAUGCGUUUGGUGCGUCAUGUGAACCUAUGUGCACCACACAUCAUGCAAAAAUAUGUGCCUGCUGCAGACGCUUCUAAAGGGUUUAUGAUAAAAGAGACACGUUUGCGUUAGUGUCUUGCGAGUAUUUUGUGAACCUGAGCGCCUCUUUUAUCAUAAACCUGUUCGACACGUGUGCAGCAGGCACGUAUUUUGACAAGACUCAUGAUGCACAUAAGUUUAUAUGAUGCAUUGAACACUGAAAUUGCGCCCUUCGGAAGAGAAGUCACCGGCCGCCACUGGACACUUGUAUAACAUUAUAUAUCACUCUUAAACUAUUAUAUUAUCUCAUUGCUUUUACAUUACACAUGUACAUUCUGUGCCUAAACAUAUUCAAUUGUUGGUGUAAAAAUGUAUAUGCUGUAUAAAUAUAUAUAGAUCAUUAAUGCAUUUGACAGAUACUUGUAUGCAAACUGACUUACAGGGCAUUUAAGCUAUACAUUUAUCAGUAUUUGUGUUCACUGGGAAUCAAACCCAUGACCUUCUCGCUGCUAACCCAAUGAUCUAGCAGUUGAGCACAGGAACAUGAUAUUUCUGUAAUGAUUAAAUAAAAUACUCUUCUAGAGGAAAUCAAAUCAGCUUCAUU